GUUGUCAAUGGGAUCCAAGAACUGUUUGGUUACAAGCAUUCGUCCAAAUAUCUUUCUUUGCGCACCCAAACAAAGACAUGUAUACAGGUUUGCAACAAGUAGAGUAAGUAAUUCAUGAUUUUUGUGUGAACUAUCCCUUACUGUACUUGGCCAUCUGAAUAGAAAAAUCUGAAAAUCUGAAAAAUCUGCCUUUCUUGUGAAACAGUAAAUUUGAAAAUUCAUGGAUAACUAUAUUUGAUAUUUUAGCAUUAGAUAUAGUCUACUACUAAAGAGCUUACAGAGACCAGUUGGAUUUACCAUUACAAAUGGUUUAUAUUUGACCCAAUAAUGGGUUAAAAGUUUUUCCUUAAAACAACCCAGCAUUUUUCGAGAGUGUAGUUUAGAGCAGCUGUGACACAAAUCUUACAUUGGGUGGUGGUCUAAAAAGUUAUUAGGCAUGGUAUGUGCAAUAAAAAAUAAAAACCUGAAACAGGAGGUUCCUCUGGAAACUGCUGCUUACGUUUCGCAAAUGGUCUGUGUGUGGGCUACAUUAUAUAAAAGGAAAGGAAGGAAAAAGAAAGAAUAAAAAAGGAAAGAAAAUCAAAGAGAACAGAAAGCACACUGUGCGUGAUGGGAGAGCCAGACAGUAGGUGACUCUCAUUGAUUCACUCACUGUCAAUAAUAAUCUCCAUUAGCUCUCGCGCUCACUGGCGCCCCCUGUGGCGCCUGAGCGCUUCUCGUGUGAAAUCUUUCCAUUCACAGGAGAAAUAGAGCAGAUGCGUGAUCUCAUCUCACAUUCGCAACAUCUCUCGUGAUAGCAGUGAUUUUAUCAGUGUAAGUGACGGGGAGAAAUAACGUAAGGUGCUGAAAUGAUCGCGUGCCCAUCUGAAGAAUCCGGUAGAUGCGAUUGCGACUCGUGUGGAGCUCACGGACACUGAACUGUGAUGUUUUCUUUCGUUCGAGCGCGGUUAUUAUCAGUUUAAAAUGCCGAGGCUGCAGUAUUUAAACAGCACAAGCGUGCCCAACCACAACUAUGAAUGGAGCUACGAAUACUACGACGACGAAGAGCCCGUGUCUUUCGAGGGACUUAAAGCGCACCGAUAUUCCAUUGUGAUUGGCUUCUGGGUGGGUCUCGCCGUUUUUGUCAUUUUCAUGUUUUUUGUUCUCACCCUCCUCACCAAAACAGGAGCUCCGCAUCCAGAAACUGCAGAGCCUUAUGAAAAACGCAUGCGUCUCACCAGCUGUGCAGACGGCUUGAGCCGCCAACGUGAGGUGGACGCCCAUGCAGGUCUCUCUCGCCCUUUACUGGAUGAAUCUCGGUCUCUGUUUCACUGCUAUAUUAAUGAAGAGGAACGAGAAGGGGGACGGGCCUUGAUCGAUGCUGGUGGGGCCGCUCACGGACGUACGUGCAGCGGCGACUCCAGAGGACAGGUGGAGACGGUUGGUCUUGUACUCCAGAAUAUGGUUAUGGAGACCAGGGAAGAAAGAGAGGCUGCUCUAUUGGCUCAUUUCAACAUUCCCAACUUUGUGAAUUCCGAACUCAGCUCUGCACUGGGGGAUGAAGAUUUACUGCUGGGCGAUCCACCAAUCAUAAUGGAAGAGGCUCGUCCUCGCUGUACCCAUCAUUUUAUUGACUAAAUCAACUCUGGACUCUCUGUGGAUGGUCAAAGAGAUGCUUUGAUUCCCUUAUGGUUUCAUCUUUGUCUUAAAUGCAGCUCUACGGUAUAUGUGGAGAUUGAUGGUGUUUUGCUUCGAGAGCUCCAUGCUGAGCUGUCGCAAGACUACUUGGAGUUGGGCUGCUGUCUCAUAUUUAAGGUUUCCAGUGAAUGUCGGAGUGGCAUGAUGUGGGUUAGGCUGUGUCAGGAUGAAAGAUGGAAAACAUUCAGGAGGCGUAUUCUUGAGAGAUUGCGGCAGCGGAGACAUUAUGGUGAGACAAAGAGAGAACAGAGAGCAUAUUCAGGGUAAAAAAAUGAAAUCAUACUGUUGCGUUUCCUCAAACUGAAUGUAACGCUGUAAAGCCUUAUUCUUUCAUACACUUAAAGGGAUAGUUCGUCUUCAAAAUGAAAAUUCUGUCAUCAUUUACUCACCCUAUAGUCAUUUUAGACCUGUGUGACUUCUGCUGUAGAACGCAAAAGAAGAUAUUUCGAAAGAUGUUGGUAACCAAAAACCGUUGGUCCCCAUUGACUUCUAUUGUAUGCAAGCAGUGUUGGGUAAGUUACUCUGAAAAAGUAAUUAAUUACUAGUUACUAAUUACAUAUUCAAUAGUGUAAUUAGAUUACUGUACAAAUGACUCUCUACAAAAAGUAUUUAAAUACUUAUUACUAAUUACUUUCUAUAUCUUACAUCAACCUCGAUUAGUUAAGUGAUUCAAGGAUAGACAAAAACGACCCUUAAUUCAUUCAAAUAAAUCAUAUAAAACUACAUAAAGUACAAUUAUUAACUGACUUGUAUUACAAAUGUGAGAAAGAUACAUAAAAAUUCAAAAUCUAACUUUAAAAUGCAUGCAUUAAUGUCAAUUCCACUAUUGUAUACAUUACACAGUAUUUAAUUCAGUUACAUCAGAAGUAACUGUAAUUAAAUUACAGAACAAAUAAGAGUAAUCCCUUACUUUACUUUUUUAAGGGUAAUUAAAUUACACAUUACUUAGUAACUAGUUACACCCAACACUGUAUGCAAGUCAAGUCAAUGGGGACCAACGGUUUUCUGUUACCAACAUUUUUCAAAAUAUCUUCUUUUGUGCUCUGCAGCAGAAAGUCAUACAGGUUUGAAAUUACGAGAGGGUGUGUAAAUAAUGACAUUAUUUUCAUUUUGAAGGUGAAGAUUCGCUUUAACUCUAUUAUGAGCUUGAAUUAAGAGUUUAUAAGAAACAAGUCGUCCUAAUGUAGCCUAAUAGCACAAUUGCAGCAAUUUGGUUUUGCAGAUAUGAUUCUCUCUGGCUUGUAUUUUAAGCAAAUGUGCAAGUAAAAAAUAGCUUAAAACGGUCUGUUGGCUGAAAACGUGUCUUUGUACGGAAUAUCUGCAGUGUACUUGCAUACUAAAUCUCUGUGAAUGUCUGCAUGCUGCUGCUAAACAACUCGAUUCUUCAAUUCUUCUGUUUUAUUGAACACCUGUAUGCCAAUAAAGGUUGGUUCACACCGGCGCUAAGCUUCCUGUGGAGAUGUGCUGAGAACAAAUGUUGUCGUCUGUGCUGUGGAAAUGAAGGACGCUUCAAAUAGUGCGGGUUGCCAAGGAGAGGUGUGCUGGUUUUUUUUUCUCCGAGAGAUCUGAUUUACCGAUUUUGCCUGGCAGAUGAUAGAACAGGGCUUUGCAUUGAAGAAAGAACCUGAUAUUUACGAUGUUCAUAUUUAGCAGCUGCAUAAAACUUCACCACAAGACGCCUUAGCAACUGCACAGCAAUGCACUGGCAAGCACUUAAAAAACCCUAACACUGUGUAGGAGUGAGCAAGCACUUCUCAGAUUUUCUUUGGAAAAUGUAAAACCCUAGUUGCCAAUACUUUAGAUGCUGUACAGUGGUUUUUAAGGACAGUGAGAUGGACUGUGGUGAAAAAUGUGACCUGCUUCAUCGGUUUGAGUUACUCUGACCCAGACCUUUUUAUUAGCUUGCGGUUUUAAAACUCGAAAUG